AUACACACAAAGCAGAUUCGUAUUCCAUUUAUAGAGUACGUUACUGAGGCGUGUGGAUAUAAACAUAUAAGCAGGGACUAUCUGAGAGACAGUGAUUUUGUAUGGACUAGCUACAUGUGUUGAAACAAAAGACAAUCUUCUGUAUAUUUCUUCGUCAUGAGGGACAGACUGACAUUGUGUUUUAGUGCGGCGUGCGAGGAUCAGUUUAGCUGUUAUCAAUCGCCUGAGGAUGCCAAGAAAGCCAAACUUAGGAACAGACAAAUAAGUAAAGUCCUCAAACAGCAUCAAAAAGAGGAACUAAAAAAACUGAAAAUUUUAUUACUUGGUACCGGAGAGUCUGGAAAGAGCACCUUAACAAAACAAAUGAGGAUCAUUCACAUAAACGGAUUUGACAUGAGAGAGAGGCUUGAAAAGGUUUCUGAUAUUAGAAAAAACAUUAAGGAGUCGAUAGUGGUUCUACUAUUGGCCAUGAAUCAACUAGAUUUGAAUCUGGAUAACCAAGAAAACAAACUAAGCAGGGAGUUUAUUCUUCAGGAAGCUGGCAAUACUGAAAUUCAUCGAACUAAUGAAUUUCUCGAGCAUGCUGAAAAGCUUUGGGCAGAUGCGGGGGUUCAAGAAUGUUACAGCAGAUCACACGAAUUUCAACUAAUUGACUGUGCCAAAUACUUUCUAGACAAAAUACCUGAAAUAAAAAGUCCAGCAUAUGUGCCAUCCGACCAAGACAUUUUAAGAUGCCGUUGUGUGACAACUUCCAUCCAGCACAUUGAAUUCGGCGUUCCUGAUGGGGGCCAUCAGGUCAAAUUCAAUGUUUAUGACGUCGGAGGACAGCAGGGAGAACGCAAGAAGUGGAUCCAAGUGUUUGACAGUGUGACCGCCAUUCUUUUCGUGGUGGACUGCAGUAGUUUCGAUCAAACUCUUCGUGAGGAUCCUGAGAAAAACAGGCUUCUUGAAGCUCUGGAAAACUUUGAUCAAGUCUGGAAUAACAGAUUUCUCAGAUAUGUGUCAGUACUUUUGUUCAUCAAUAAAAUUGACGUGUUAGCAGAGAAAAUUGCAAGGGGACGGGACAUUUUAGAGCUAACAGAAAGGUAUCCAGAUGUAUUUCCAGACUUUGAGACUUUUACACCAACUGAUGCAGAGAAAGAACAUUUUCUCGAUGCCUUUGCAACUGCUACCCCAGAUAUUAGACGAAAAACGCGCCAAACAUUACCUAUAAGCGUUCAUCCAGACACCGUAAAAACAGCUGUUUACAUAAAACGGUUAUUUAAGAAAAUAGUCAAAGGUGAACUUCUUUUGAAGGAACGAAUUACGAAACAAGACAAACAUUGGCAUGACGAACACAGCUGUGAAUUUUUCUACACGUGCGCGAUUGAUACCAAUAACAUUCAGAGAGUGUUAAAUGGAUGUAGAACUCUAAUUGUGCAGAAUCAUUUGAGAAGAUAUGGCAUCAUUUAGGCCUCCUUUCUUUACUUGGAUAUGUUGGAUU